CCCAACCUCACUCCAUUUUUCCUUUUUCCUCAAAAAAUUCCACUUUUGUCUCUUUGUUUUUUUUUUAUUUUUUAUAUAAUAUUUUUUUGAUGUUCGUACACACACACACACACACUCACUCUACUACUAUAUCACUUUGGUUUUGCUACAAUUUUCAAUCUUUUUUCAGUUCUGCGGCUCACACACCAUUAAUUCACUCUAUCCAGUGGUACUAUACCAGCCAGCUAGUUUCCCCCCUUCUCUGCCACUCCCACCAGCAGCAGAACCACCCCUCAUCACCACCGCGUCAAACACCAGGCCUUUUCCGUUCUUUGCUACAUUGGUCAAAGUAAUUAACCUUCUGCUGCUGUGGUAUUAUUAUUCUUUCUUCCCCACCACCAUUACUGCUCCCUUAAUUCUACCUCAAUCUCCUUUUCGACACUGUCCCCCCAAUCUCUAAAAAAUCCUUCCCACUUUCUUCUCCCUCUUUUUUCUCUUUACCUCUUUGCAACACCCUCAUUCAUUCACCUUAUUAGCCUACACUCUGCAGGAAAAAAAAAAAAAAACAGGAGUCCCGAAUUAACCACCCCACAUGGAUCUGCCCUUUUCAUUCCCUGUUUUCGCCUAUUUCUCCCUCACUUUCCUCAUCCUUUCUGCAGGGGUUUAUGGGGCAACGUUUACAUUCGUGAACAAAUGUGAGUACACUGUUUGGCCUGGUAUUUUACCCAAUGCCGGAAGCCCUACUCUGGAAAGCACCGGGUUCGAGCUCCCCAGCGACUCUUCCCGUACCUUUACUGCUCCGACGGGGUGGUCCGGCCGCUUCUGGGCCCGAACCGGUUGUAACUUCGACGAAUCCGGGUCAGGCACUUGCGACACCGGCGACUGCGGGUCGGGCCAGGUCGAAUGCAAUGGUGCUGGUGCAGCUCCUCCGGCGACCCUCGCCGAGUUCUCCUUGGGAAACGGCGGCGGUCAGGACUUCUAUGAUGUUAGCCUGGUGGACGGGUACAAUCUGCCCAUGAUUGUUGAAGGGACGGGCGGGUCGGGUAUGUGCGCCUCAACCGGCUGUUUGACGGAUCUGAAUCGGAUAUGUCCUACGGAGCUUCGGGCCAACGGUGGUGGAGCCUGCAAGAGUGCCUGUGAAGCUUUUGGAAGUGAUCAGUACUGUUGCGCCGGAGAGUUUAACUCGCCGGCAUCCUGUAGGCCGUCGGUUUACUCGGAAAUGUUCAAGUCGGCUUGCCCCAGAUCCUACAGCUACGCUUAUGAUGACCCGACCAGUACUUUCACUUGCACCGGCGCUGAUUAUAGUCUCACUUUUUGCCCUUCCUCACCAAGGUAUCCCCGAAGUUUAAAGUUUGUCUUUUUUUGUUGUGAUUAAUGAUUGAAUCAUAUGCUGCAUUAAUUUCAUUAUUACCUUUUUGUUGUCACAUAUGUUGUUUGCUUGAUUUGUUUUUACAAUGGGAUUGACAUUAUUUAUAGCUAAUAAUUCAUGAGACGAUAAUCAAUUGAUUUGAUCAUAAAACAGUUUGGAUUGAAUGGUGCCUAUGUCUAAUGUAUUAUUAUGUCUGUUGGGGAAUUUUGCAGUCAAAAAUCUUCGAAGGAUCCAACAACUCCACCAGGGACAAGCUAUGGUGAUGGCGGGUCAACAAUGUCUGGAACAGGAAGUGGUAUGGGGUCCGAAUCAACAGGGACAGGCUCAAUGGUUGUGACUUCUGGGUCUGAUCCAGAACCAGAUUCGAGUUCGGGUUCGGGUUCAGGUUCAAAUGCUAUGCUGGCUGAUGGAUCAUAUUUGGCGGGUUUGGCCAUGGGUGACUCCACGAGAUUAAUGUGUGUUUGGCAUUCUGCUGCUGCCCUGUUUGGCUUUGCAUUUCUACUUCUCUCAUUUCUUCAAUUGUAGGGGUUUCUAAUAAAUUGUUUGGAUUUUGGCAUUUUGGGUUAGGAAUUUUAGUAGACUUUCUUUUUGAUGGUAGUAGUAAAAUUGGUAGUGAUAGUAGGAGGAAUGGUUUUUCCUUUUAAAUUGUGCAUAUGUAAUGCUUUUUGUUGGCCUAUUUAUGCGAGGGUUCUUAUUUUUGAAUCAAGAAAGGCAUUGCUUGGAAAAGAAACGGGAUUCCUUAAGUUCAGUAAAUCAUUCCAAUUCUCUUGUGUCGGAAAAACUUGGGGGGGGGGGGAGAUGAUUACGGUUACUUGAGAGGCAAAAAACUGGCAAAAGUUGGGUAAAGUGAGAAUGAAAUGGCACAACAGUUGCAGAGAUAAAACGAAGGCAUCUCUUUGCGGAAACUGCAAGUAUGUGUAUGGGGUUGCCUUGUUUCACAACUGUGUGUUGUUUUUCGGGUACAUUGUGCUUCCCUUUUCUCAGAACUUUGUCCAGUUCAUCAACAUUACCAUAGUGUUUAGUUAUCUUAUUCAUUCUAAAGCAAAAAUGAGGUGUGAAACUGGGUUCCUAAAGUUUCAAAGUAUGUGGCUUUUCUAGUAUUUCCUCCGGUCCUUAAUAUAAGGUAUUUUGAUUUAUCUUAGGUUUAACUUAGUACUUAUUUUUAAUUGACAAAAAAAAUUUUAAAAUAUUUCAUAACAAUAAAGAGAAUACAAAGAAUACAAAAAUAUAUGUUUAAGGUAUUUUUUUU